AGACGACGAGCUGGUUGACGGUUGACGCGGGUUUACACAGGCCUCUCCAACGUGAAAAGAAAAAGAGCUAAAAAGAAUAGGCCUAUAAAGGGUACAGCGCGUUUCGUUAAUCGAGUUCUUUUUGGGUGUAAAUAAUUAGGGACUGGUGUAGAAGAGCGCAUCAUUUCGAGACCUCCCAGCCAAUUGGCGCGCUCAUCUACACUCGAUUCUCGAUCAAUGAAACGCAGUGUACUACAUUACAUAUGGAGCACGUGUUUUCUCGCAUUCUCGCCGGCUUGCAUCAUUCGCACACGUAUUGCAACAUCAUAAGCGGCCAGGUGUCAUUAAUUUAGGAAGAAGGAGAAAAACACGUCGCUCCGGAUGGAGGUCUUCAGCAUCCGAUAAUGAUCGUUGUACCGAUUGUCAAUGAUCGUGCGGACUUUAACGCCGAGAGAUCUGGCGCGAGAUAGUCUUUUGAUUAGAGGCCACUUUUCCGCUUUAUCAGCUCAAUGACGGUUCUUGAAAUCCUCUCGUUCACUAUCGUCGAGGUGGAUCAUAACGCGGUGAGGAAAUGCUUCACGAGCAGGAGGGGUCCGCGGCGAAUCUCUCCAAGAGAGACAUCCUGCUCACGUCGUUUGUCUCAGGUGCUCUUGCAGGGAUCAUUUGUGACGUGACACUUUUCCCAUUGGACACCCUGAAAACGCGCUUGCAAAGCCAACAUGGGUUUUUCCAAUCCGGCGGUUUCAGGCAGCUGUACAAAGGUGUGGGUCCCGUGGUGCUGGGUUCAGCUCCGUCAGCUGCUAUAUUUUUUAUCACUUAUGAGGGAAUAAAACAGUAUUCGCAACCAUGUAUACCGGAUCAGUAUCACUCCAUUAUACACAUGGUCGCAGCAUCGUCUGCCGAAGUAACUGCCUGCUCGGUUCGGGUGCCAGUUGAGGUAAUUAAACAAAGGAAACAAGCGCUCUUGCCCGACACGCAUCGACUGAGAUUAAGAACACUGUAUCGCGGUUACGGAAGCACCGUUCUUCGGGAUCUGCCGUUCGGCGUGAUCCAAAUGCCAUUGUGGGAGUAUUUCAAGCUUUGUUGGACCCAACGUACGCAGCGAGAAUGCACACCCCUGGCAGGCGCCGCUUGUGGCUCUGCGUCAGUUGCUAUAUCGGCCGCUGUAACGACGCCGUUAGAUGUUGCCAAGACUAGAAUUAUGUUGUCCAGCACGUCGGCGGAAAGAGAGGAAGUUAAGAUAUCGACAAUGUUGAAAGAGGUUUACAGAGAUCACGGCGUUAAAGGGUGGUUCGCUGGUUUUCUUCCGAGAGUAACUGGCUUUACUGUUGGUGGGUUCAUAUUUUUUGGCGUUUAUGAGCAAGCCAGAGAAUUUUGUAUAGCCUACUUCUCCUAGUCGCUGUUAAAUGAAAAAAAUUAUAAAAACUUAAAUUAAAUUAAUUAUUUAUGAA